AUGGUUCAUAAACUCGCCUUCUUAACCGGCCUAACCGCCUCCCUCGUCUCCGCCCAACAAAUCGGUACCAUCACCCCCGAAUCCCACCCCAAACUGCCCACCAAGCGCUGCACCCUCUCCGGCGGGUGCCAAACCGUCUCAACCUCCAUCGUCCUCGACGCCUUCCAGCGUCCCCUGCACAAGAUCGGCGACCCAUCCACCGCUUGCGUCGUAGGCGGUCCUCUCUGCCCCGACGCCGCCACCUGCGCAGCCAACUGCGCCCUCGAAGGCGUCGAUUAUGCUUCUUUGGGUGUCAAGACCGAAGGAGACGCCCUGACGCUGAACCAGUGGGUGUCUGACCCGUCGAACCCAGGACAUUACAAGACGAGCUCGCCGCGGACUUAUCUCGUUGCUGAGGACGGCAAGAACUAUGAAGCUGUCAAGUUGUUGGGCAAGGAGAUCUCGUUCGAUGUGGAUGUUAGUAAUUUGCCUUGUGGCAUGAACGGGGCGUUUUAUUUGAGUGAGAUGUUGAUGGAUGGUGGACGGGGAGAAUUCAAUGCUGCAGGAGCGGAGUAUGGCACGGGGUAUUGCGAUGCGCAGUGUCCCAAGUUGGAUUUUAUCAAUGGCGAGGCAAACAUCAACAAAACCCACGGCGCGUGCUGCAACGAAAUGGACAUCUUCGAAGCCAACGCCCGCGCAAAGUCCUUCACCCCGCACCCCUGCUCCAUCGAGCGCGUCUACAAGUGCACGGGAGACACCGAGUGCGGCCAGUCCCAGGGCGUCUGCGACCAGUGGGGUUGCACUUACAACGAAUACCAGAAGGGAGUCCAUGAUUUCUACGGGCUUGCUCCUCCCGCCAAAACCAUCGACACCACCCAGAAAUUCACCGUCACCACACAAUUCCUGACCGAUAAUGGCCGUGAAGACGGCGUGUUGGUGGAGAUCCGUCGGUUGUGGUCUCAGAAUGGAAAACUGAUCAAGAACGCCAAGAUCGCUGUUGAUAGUUUAUCGACUGAUUCAGUGAGCACGCAGUUCUGCGAAAAGACUUCUUCGUGGACGAUGCAGCGCGGCGGACUCAAGACCAUGGGCGAGGCGAUGGGAAGGGGCAUGGUGCUGAUUUUCAGUAUCUGGGCGGAUGAGAGCGGGUUCAUGAAUUGGUUGGAUUCCGGGGACAGUGGACCGUGCAGCGCGACCGAGGGUGAUCCGAAGCUGAUUUUGCAGAAGAAGCCGGAUGCGAGGGUGACGUUUUCGAAUAUCAAGUGGGGAGAGAUGGGUAGUACGUAUGCUUCUGCGGGGAAGUAUGGUGUUAGACGGGUUGCGAAGGGGUUGAGUGCUUAG